GAUCGCCGGCAUUGCGAAGGACGUUGCAGGAGCGACAACGGCGACACAAUAACGUAUGUCGACACGACAGACAGACAGACGAGUUCUUUCUGAGCACCAUGCCACUGUUUCGACUGCUGAUUUUCAUCAGUCUCAUUGCAGCAGAAAUGGCAGCCUCAACGCAACCGUUAAUGUCAUCCUUGGUAACACAAGAAAUGGCACCUUCAGAACAAGAGAUAACUUCAACAUUAAUGACACAAGAAAUGCCAACGUCAGCACAACCGGUAAAAUCAUCAACGAUUAAACAAGCACAAAUGACAUCGUCAACACAACUGUUACUAUCAUCGGUUAUAACGCAAGCAGAAACAUCACCGUUGUCAUCAUUUACAUUCACUUCGCUAUCUGCCGAAGAAAAAUGGGAAGAGACAACCGUGAUGCCAAUAUUAUUAACAUCACCAAUACCCACAUCAUUAACAACACAAGAUAUAUCACCAACAGCGCAGUUGUCAUCAUUAACAUACAUUUUGUCAGCUAUCGAAGGAGGAACAACUGCAAUACCAUCGUUCAGACCAUCAUCAACAACACCCCAAACUACAACGCAAACAUCUACAAUGAGUACAAUCGUGACAAGAAAAACUUCAAUAGGUAGUACACUUUCGUAAUCUACUUUUGUAUUCCACUUUUCCUUCCUGCUAUUUCUGUGAUACAAUUUAAUCACAUUUUCUGUAUUAAGUAAUGACUUUUUAUUUUACGAAUAUUAAAUUCUUUAUUCCUUCUGUUGUUAAGUUGUUUUGUGUUUUUAUUUUCAAAAAUCGUUAAACUAGCGUGUGUAUACUGUCAUAGCAAAAAUGCUUUAUGGCGAAACAGUAGAAUAUUUUCUAAUAGAUUUCAUCGAGCUAAAACCAGACGAGUGCACAAAAUAUUAGUCAUCAUAGAUCAUAGAGAGUUAAUGAUUCCAUCCAUAGUUUUACAAUUAACAUAUCCACUCAUAAAACGUUUUACAAUAUCUUUUCUUUCCCAUCAGCCAGGGAGAGUCCUGAGUCAGAAUACUUGUUCAUAUCAGUCAUUAUUAUUGCAGUCUUUUUAAUUUCCAACAUAUAAUCACGUUUCAUAGCAUGUAGCUUUCAUCUUCAAAUAUUCAUUAAAGACAAUUAUUGCAUGUGACAGCUAUAUUGUGACUGACAUUUGUACCAUUGAUUUUAAAAUACAUUACGAACAUACAUAAUCACGUUUUGCAGAUGGCUUAUAUUAUCUUGAUACAUUUUAAUGAUGCAAUAUUUAUCAUGAAAUUAUUUAAUGUCUUAUUUGUUUUUUGCAGUAUUUACAAAAAUUUGUUGGUUCUGAACUUAAAUGCAUUAAACAUAGAUGCUCUCAUUUAAAUCAUGCUUAAAUUGAUGUGAAAAAACUGAUUUUUAUCCUGGCAAAACAGGAUCUUCAUUAGAGCUACCGUAAUCACGCGCCUGGAACACAGUAUCGCGCGCGAGAAAACCGCGAGAAUUCAGUGGCGAGAUUUUGUGUGCGAGAUGUAAUACGUGGUGCUUUCCUUAAACCUUAGUUUUUUAAAAGAUAUUAAGAAACCCAAAGGUCAACGAUUAAGAGUCGUUAUACUACUAAUUAGUUAAUGUGUAUAAUUUCAUUUGCUCACUUGUAGAUGUUCGGGUCAUUUACUAAAUUGAUUGAGAUUCUAGAAGAAAAGACAGUUUUUUGACACUGAUUUUAUUUUGAGACUAUUAAAAUAAUUAUGAUUAUGACCAUGAUUUGACAUAAAUUACAUAAUAAUAAGGCAACAACAAGUUAGCUGCUUCUUGUGUAUUUUGUACCUGCUAUCAUUUUUUUGUACGUUUUUACCUUAAGUGGAGUCACUGAUUAUUAUUAUUAUUAUUAUUAUUAUAUUAUUAUUAUUAUUAUAUUAUUAUUAUUAUUAUUAUUAUUAUUAUUAAAGAAAAUAAAAAGAGACAGCAUCAACAUGGUUACACAAUUAAUUAAAAUCUAGACGUGACAUAAACAUACACAAUGCAAUUAAACUGAAAGCAAAUGGCUAGUAUUUUUAUAUUUAUGCAGAAUUUGUAGUACCAAAGACAGAUCAUUAUCAAAGCUGCUAAAGUAAAACGUGUGUCAGAUGCUUUUACUGCUUAGAUGCUGACCAGAUGAAUCUUCAUCCAGAGGCAAGUACUUCGGUAAGUAAGUAAAAGUAAUAAUUUCUCUCUCCACCCCUCUCACAUCCCAAACUUUUUCUCUAAUGAAAGUUAAUGCAAAUGGUUCACCGUAGUUAUUUGGAGAAUUUAUUCUACUAAAAUUUUGUAGGAAUUAGGGGAGAGCAAGCAAGGGAGCUGCGUGCCGAGACAGACUAGGACAAGGGAUGUAGACGAAUAACCAACCAGUCUUCAUUCACAUCAACGGUGAAUUACUAUAUCGUCAGGACGACAGUGAUGACUCCCCCCAGCCUCCCAAGUAAGUAUUUUUCAUGGAAGUUUCGUGCGUUAUCUGUAGAUGACCUCUUUGAUGAACUUGCCGCUUAAUGUAAGAUGUACUUUUGACUUUUAUCAUGUGUUAUACAUAGCGGACGGUGGGACUGUAAAUUGAUAGAGCUACUUGUGAAGUGGGUGAUUUACUUCAGUAAACAUCUGUUAUACAGAGUUUGUGACCGCCAUUCAAGAUUUAAGUUUUCUUAAGAUUACAAAAGAAGUUUGUCAAAUGGACCUUAAUGGCACUAGAGAAGCACCAGUGGGUGAGCAACAACAGUAUUAAAUCUGUUUCAGGUAUAGCAAUUUGAGUUGGUUAUGCAAUAAGCGAACUCUUAUACUCCCAACUUACGAUAAGAGUAUACUUUUGUUUUAAAGAUUUUUAAGUUAUUAAGUUAUAUUAUGAU